UCUCGUACAAAGACGACCGCCAUUUUGUGUUUUUGUCCGCCUUUUCUCGGUGUGAUAAUUAAAUAGAUGAUUAUUAGCCGUAUGUGAUGCUAUAUUCCAUGUUUUAGUGUUUUUUUUGUGUUUGAAUAUGUUUUUAAUCUUAUAUUUACGCGUUUGAAAUUAAAAUUGUAGAACAAUAUAGGUAAUCGCCUACAGCUGCAAAGAUGAGUGUCAUCAUUAGACUACAGAAUCUUCCUUGGUCAGCCAAUGCUCUGGACAUUAGGAACUUCUUUCGGGGGCUUUCCAUUCCCGAGGGUGGUGUGCACAUCGUAGGAGGCGAGCUUGGAGAUGCUUUCAUUGCGUUCAGUACGGACGAGGAUGCGCGCCAGGCCAUGAUGCUGGACGGCGGUAAGAUUAAGGAGAUCCAGGUGAAGCUUCUGCUCAGCUCGCGCUCAGAGAUGCACAAGGUCAUAGAGACGGCACGUCAAAGCGUGCCCAUAUUGACGCUCACCGCGCCCACACCCUCCCCUGCCGCCGUGCCCACCCCCGCCCUCGCCCCGCCCGCGCCCACUCCCACGCCUACACCCGCCGCCACGCCCGCUCCGCCCGUCAUCACGCCCUUCUCUGCCGCACUCGGCGGCGUGCCGCUCGCCGGCUUCGGCAUUCCCGGCAUAGGCAACCCUCACGAGAUACCCCAACCCGCCGUCAUCGAACCCCCCGGACCCCUGGUCAGCCCCUCGGCCACCACGCCCAACAAUGAAGACGACAACAACGUGGAAGACAGAAACGAUAGAAAAACUGCGAAAGACAAACGCCGCUCGAGAACUCGCUCCCGAUCGCGCGACAGGGACCGAAAGGACCGGAAAAGAGACAGACGCGAGCGCUCGCGAUCCCGAGAGCGCCGGCGUCGCGAUCGCAGCCGCAGCCGAGAGCGACGCGAUCGCAAGCGCGACCGCAAGGAUCGUAGCCGGUCGCGCGACCGCUCGCCCGGAAAGCGCAACCGCGAUCGCCGCAGGUCCCCGCGAGACUCGCAAGAGAAAUCGGUCGACUUGAGCGAGUCGGGUUCUAUGGCCGCAGUGUACGGCAUCGGCGCCGCGCAACAGCCGCCGCUCAUCAUGCAGCAAGGGGCCGCGCCGCUCAGUGGAUCCGCGCCCAACAUAAACUCCGCGCAGCUUCGCUUCAGCGAUCCAUCGAUGGUUGAAGCCUUCACUAAAUUGCAGGAGUUGGGCAAGAAAAGAAACCCGAACGCAUUCCAGGGUGAGCAGGCGAACGGCGGGCCGCGGUACCCGGCGGCACGGGGCGGGGCCGGGGCCGCUACGGCGGGCGCGCGUGGCGGCGGCUUCCGGCGCGAGGGCCGCAUGUCGCGCUUCGAGGACCAGCAGCAGGGGUGCUGCGUCGCCAUCAGGAGCGCCCCCAACCACACUAGCUACGGCGACGUACGCCGCUUCUUCCCCUACCUCAUCGACAAGCACGGCAUAAAGAUGAUAAACGACAAUACGGGCCGGCGCACCGGCAACAUCUACGUCAAGUUUUGCGACCCGCGGUCCAAGCAGCUUGCGCUGCAGCGCCGCACCAACGAGCUGAAGGGCGCCAUCGUUGACGUCGAGGACCUCGACGACGGCACGUACGAAAGCGCCGUCGACUCCUUCCUGCCGUACCGCGACGACAACGACGACGAGGACGUGUCACUGGUGAUCGGCGACCGGCGCCCGGCCUCGCCCCAGCGCGCGCCCUACAGCGUCCUCCGGCUGGCCGACCUGCCGCACUUCGUCAAGGAGCACGACAUCAUGAAGGCUUUCAGCGACUUCUCGCUGCUCUCCAUCACGCUCAACGACUGCAGAAUGUCGCGCUCCAAAAUAGCUUACGUCCAAUUCGUGAAGCCGGAGGACGCGAGACUCGCCUACGAGAGAAAGGACAUGUACGUGUUCGGGAGACGGCAGCCGGUCAUCACGACGGUGUCCGACGAAGAGUACGAGAAGGUGAAGCCGGAGCAAGCCGAUAAGGCGCCGGAGGCUGCCGAGCCGCCGGAGGAGGCUAUCGCACCGCGCGACCCCCGCCAGCGCCGCCAGGCAGUUGACAGCCCGCGGCCGCACGGCGCCCCCCUGCUGCAAUCUCAGCCGCCGGUGCAAUUUUUCCCGAACGCGCCGUUCGUUCCGCAGCAAAGCUUCGGCGCUCCCUUCCCCGGCGCGCCGCAGUUCGCCGGCUUCCCUAACGCGGUUUCAAUGGACCCGCGCUCCGCCGUCGCGGGCUGGACCGGCAGGCCCGGGUUCCCCAACUCCACCGAGCAGAUGUCGCACAUGGUGCACAAAAAUCCUCGCGUCGUAUCGACGGACAUGGACGAACAGCCGCUGGACUGCGUCCUGAUGAAGGGCCUGCCGACGGAGGCGACGGACCGCACCAUAGUGACCUUCCUGUCGGACACCGGCGCCGUGCCCGCGCGCAUUCACCUCAUGCUCGACACCUCCGGCGUGCCCUCCGGAGACUGCUUCUGCGAGUUCCGCUCCGUGCAGGAGGCUCGUCUCGCCGCCACCAAGCACGGCCACGACCUGGACGGCUGCCGGGUCACCGUCGACCUCGUCUCGAGAAAGGUCGUCAAGGAGGCACUCGAGGGCCCCAAGCCGGGCGAAGGGCUGAUGCCGACGCCCGUGCAGCAGCCCUUCUACGAUCACCCGCGCGGGGGAUUCGCGCAGCGGCCCUUCAGGGGUCGCGGUGGCUUCGACCGCGGCGGGUUCGAGCGCGGCGGCUUCCGUGGGGGCUUCGAUCGGGGCGGGUACCGCGGCCGCGCGCACUGGGCGGAGCGCGGCGGCGGCCGAGGCUUCGACCGCGGUCGAGGGCGGGGCUUCGGGCGCGGCCGCGGCGGCUUCAUGGAGAACGGCGCGCGAGAGCCGCCCAUCGAGCCCGAGGAAUCGGACCCGGCGCUCGAGGGUUUCGGUGCUCCGGGCUGCGUGCUCGGCAUGGAGAACGUGCCUUUCCGCGCCUCCGUCGAGGACAUCUUGGCGUUCUUCUCAGACUUCGAGCUGACGCAGGACGACGUGAUCAGGCGCUACAACGAGCGCGGUCAGCCCACAGGAGACGCGCGCGUCGCGUUCCGGAGCCCGCACGAGGCGAAGCGCGCGCUCGCCGCACUGCAGCAGCAUACUAUACACGACCGCCGCAUCUCGCUCACGCUGCUAUAGUGCCGCACUGAUUGUGACGUCAUCACAUUGGACUAGUGUGUGUGUGUGUGUGUGAAUGUAAGUAAAUGUACAUUAUGUGAUAACUGAGUUAUUUCAUCGCCGUAUCGGUUACGUUAUUGUGUAGCUGACGAAUUUAUCUAUUAUAAGUUUAUAAUAAGGGGUUGUAUAAAUAUAGGUAGAUAAUAUAAAAUAAUACA